UGAGGUUGUCUCUGUCCAAUGGGCGAUUAGGACAUACAAGCAUUUCUUAUAAAUGACAAGGUGAGGGUCUUUUGCGUCCUACGUUAAUAGACUACCACUGAGUGCUUCAGACGCCAUCCCCCGGACCAUCCCGAAGCCGUAACUAACCGGUUCCAGCCAUGUAUUCCUGUGCUAAGUUUGUCACUUCUUCUGCUGUGUUGCGUGGGGGGUCCAGAAUCCUUGCUCGGCCAGUUUCUGCCUCCGUUUUUAACAGACCUGAAGCCUCAGUGGAGCAACAGGCCCUGUUGCCAAUAGGUCAAUCAGCAGUCCUAACCCGCUCGUUCCAAACCAGUGCGGUCUCUCGGGACAUCGACACUGCAGCAAAGUUCAUUGGUGCUGGUGCUGCCACAGUAGGAGUUGCUGGUUCUGGUGCUGGAAUUGGAACAGUCUUUGGUAGCCUCAUUAUUGGUUAUGCCAGGAACCCUUCCCUGAAGCAGCAACUCUUCUCCUAUGCCAUCCUGGGAUUUGCUCUAUCGGAGGCAAUGGGUCUCUUCUGUCUGAUGGUGGCAUUCCUUAUUCUGUUUGCCAUGUAAAUCUGCAAACACUUGGUUCCCUAUAACCCUUCCUGUCUCCUGUACAAGUCACCUUCGUUCGUUGGACAGAGGGAGUGGGGAUGCCCCAGAACAGGAACUCUAAAAAUGCUGAUGGCCAAUUGCAAUCACUAGACGAAAAUUAAAGAGUUGAGGCCAAAAAAAAUCUCAGUAUACAUUUUUAUGUUCCAUACACCUGUUUUUCUGGAAGACCAUUUCACUUGUAAAAUCUUAAAUAAAUGGUUGGAAACA